GUCAGGCUAUACUGGCACCACAAAUGCAAUCAACAUGGCGGCAGCGAUAGAGGAAGCAGUGUUUAAUGCUCUACGGGGACAUCACAAUGCACACACGAAGCUGCCCGCCCCUCGAAUAAUUAAAAUCUAUGUGGCGAGUUUAAAGGAUGACUUCAAAGAGGAACGCCGCCUAUUGCUGGAAGUGAUUGGUCCGGACCUGCAAGCCCUUUACGAUGACCGGCAACUCGAGAUUGAAAUAGUUGACAUCCACUUUGGGACUGGUAGCGAUGGGUUAACAAUCGUCGACCUGGAUCCGUACGUGCUCGAGGAUCACCUGGAGGAAAUCGAAACAUGCCAUUCCGUCUCGAAGAGUGUAUUUCUAAUCGUACUGCUUGGGUCACGUUUAGGCCAUUUUUUACUGCCAACCAAACUCGACCCCGGCGUUUUUACGGCCAUUGCGGAGCGCUCGACCGGCGAUGAAGCUGAGUGUUUGCGGAAGUGGUACAGCACCAGAUGCCCCGAGACGAGCCCGGUAGCCCGAGAGCGGCCCGAGCAGGACGGUGAAGGAGGCUUCUACUGGCUGGCGACGGACUACAGAAAGUUGGAGCAGGCCGAGUGGGCACUGGAGGCUGCACGGUUGCGCGACCUGCUAGAAAGCAGGAUAGACGAAGUGCUGCGGUCGGCCGAGGCAAAGGAAAAGUCAUUCGAGGAUGGAUUGGACGGGGAACAAUUCUGUGAUAAUCUGAAACGACUGAAAACCAGAGCUAUCGCACGGGAAAUUGAAAAGGGUUUAGCGUGCUCACCGGGACGCAUUUUGACACUUUUCCGCCACUGGCAGAAGCAGCCAGAGAACGGUUCUACCGAGCAUGGAGACGAAGGCCCCUUGGGCUUAUGCACAGCAGUGGAGCAGCUAGAAAGUAGCCUCACAGCAGCGUUACCUGCCAGCAAUCAUCAGACACUAACCGUUGAUUGGGCGGAAAAUGGAAUCGACCCGGAGCUCGAAUGUCACGAUCUCUACUUGAGCAGCUUCAAGAAUAAAAUGUUCGAAAUGAUGAAGGCUUCCAUCGAUCAGGAUUUGGCCAAGGAUCCGAACGGUGGCAAAGGACGUAAGAAAACCGUGCAGGAAAUAUUCCACGAGCAUUCAACGCAUUUAAUGUACUUAAAUGAGCACCUGAGUGCAAACAAGUACAUCUCGUCGAAGGUACCGGAGCGGAUACGACAGAACGUGCAGAUGAACUUCCGCUCCGGCAGCCGGCAUCCGCCAUAUUUCAUCCAUGGUGGACAUGGCAGCGGCAAGAGCACUUUGCUGUCGCACAUCUACACCGAGCUGGCGGGCUGGUUCGAGCACACGAAAGUGCACCGCGUGAUACGGUACGCGUCGGCUACGCCCCGUUCAGCCUACAACCUGGAGCUGUUGCGCGUCGUCUGCCAGCAGCUGGCCAUCAUCCUGAACAUCCCCGAGGGCUAUUUGCCGAAGGACGCUUCGUUUGAUCCACUCUACAUCAACAACUGGUUCCAGAACUUGCUGAAGCACUGCGAGGACCUGCACAACGAGAUACUCUUUCUGUUCAUCGAUGAUCUGCAUCGGCUGAACCCGCUGGAUUGCGAUAUAGUGGCCGCGCUGUCCUGGCUACCCAUCAGCCUACCCUGGAACGUGUUUCUGGUCGUUUCUACCACCGUGCCGAUCGAGUCACUCCGCCUGACCCCGAUGCAGAAGGAGCGUUUCAAGUGUGCGGAGUACUUUUUCGAUCUUUCGCUGGAGCAGAACGAGACAAAAGUGCAACGGUGGGGUACGGCUGCGACUGUCCCAGAGCACGAACCCGCGAACGGUGUGCCCACGUUUGCGCAACUGGUAAACGAUUUGUUUGACGCGAUGGAACAGCGGUUCGGCGUGAAGGGGUUCAGCCGGCUAGCCAUCUACAUCACGUGUUCGGAGUACGGGUUGACGGAGACGGAGCUGCUGGAGCUACUGAUGCCGACACAGGACGCGGAUCUGGUUAUCGAUAGUCACGAGGGAGACUUCAACUUUUCCACCUUCCGCACAGCUCGCAAUCAAAUGAGACUCAUACUGCGGGAGAAACUCAUGUCCGGUAAGCUGUUGAUCGUCUGGCGGCACAGCAUAUGUUCGGAGAUUACCCGGGCCCGGUACAUGACGCCGGACAUUACCCGUUCCAUUCACUCGGAGCUGGUGAACCUAUUCUUCCCUCCGGACAGUGACGACAGUGAGGACAUGUCGACCGAGCAGCACAGCAGAAAAUCGAGCAUGCAAACACAGCAGGAUGACAAUGUGACCCAAGUGCUGAACCUGGGGCCUGAUAUUUCCUACAGCAUACGACACGUGGAGGAAGCCUGGCACCACCUCAUCAAAUCGGAGGACACCAAAAAGCUGAAAGAGAUUGCCGUGUGCAACUUCGACUUUUUGCUAGCUGCAGUGCAAACAGUGUCCAUCAGCUAUCUGCGCUGUCUAAUCGAGCACGUACGCUGUUACAUCCUGGACCGGGACAUUGAGCUGGUGUACUACACGAUCCGGAAGUCAAGCGAUGUACUGACCCGCGACCCAAUGCAACUGGGCGCACAGUUGAUUUCCUGGCUGAAGUCUGUGUCGGCACACGAGGGACCGCAGGCACUGCUCAGCGUUACCGUGCAGUCGGCAACGGCCUGGUGCGAUGGGUACACAGUCCCGUUGCUCGUCCCAUUGACUGGUUGGCUUCCGGUUCCGCUGCCUAGCCAAAUUCGGUGCAUCACUGUUCCUGGUCCUGGGCCAGUGCGUUGCAUCGAAGUUUCGCCGUCCAAACAGCAUUUGAUAUUAUCACCGAAGGUUGGAGAUCCCCAAUUAUGGCACAUCAUGAGUAACAGCCUAGUGCAUACGUUUAAAGGUCACAGCGGUCCAGUUACGUACAUGAAGGUGCUGUCUCAGUAUCUGGUCACAACGUCCGAGGACACAUCCGUUAUCGUGUGGGACAUGAAGACCCUGGCAAUGAAGUUGAGAUUACGUGAACACAUUGCUCCGGCCUUGUGUGCUACGCUGGCAUUGGACAACAAGUACGUCAUAAGUGGUAGCGACGACUCCAGCAUCAUAAUAGCACUGUUUGAGACGGGAAAACUGGUUACCAAAAUUUAUCACCACCGUGGUCCAGUGACGGCACUACACAUGAGCUACCCGAGCGAGGUGCUCGUCUCGUCCAGUCACGAUGCAACCGUCUGUCUGUGGUCUCUGGAGAACUUUACCCUUCUGAACUGCAUCCAGAUGGCACAGCCCAUUCUAAGCAUGCAGAUUUCGUGCGAUUCGACGUUCCUGCUGGUACACUGUGCCGACAACGGUUUGUAUCUCCGGUCGCUGACCACGGGCACAGAGCUGCACGCCCUGAAAGGACACAAAUCGAAGGUUCGUGCCCUUUGCAUUGCUAUGGACAGUCAGCGAGCGAUCGUGGGUGGUGAGGACACGAAAGCGCUCAUCUUUGACAUGCAUUCCGGCCGUAUCAUCCGAUCGUUACCACCGAAUCCGGGCGCCGUUACAGCAGUGUACGUGAUGGAGAAGGACGACUACCUCAUCACGGCCGGCGGUAACAAGAUCACGUUCUAUUCGUUUCGCAACGAAGAUUCCAUUGUCAAUUUCUACCCGAAGAAGAAGAAAACGCUCAAAAAGUUCCACCGGAACCGGUUGGCGUUGCAGUCGACAUCGAGUCCAGUGAUUUGCUUUGACGUUUCACGCGACUCCACAAUGGCGGCGGUGGCCUCAAGUCGGUGCGUGCAGAUCUGGCAGUUGAAUUCGCCCGAACUGACCAGUAUCCUGGAGGGUCAUACGGCUACGGUAACGUGCGUAAGUUUCGCUCCGAAUUGUGAACUGGUCGCUUCCGGUUCGGAGGACAAAUCGGUGAAUGUAUGGAGUUUGGGGCUUGGAUCGGUGACGGCAACCUUCAAGGGCCACAAUACCUCGAUCACUUCCGUAACGUUCAUGAUGGAUGCAAGACGAAUCAUAUCUGCCGAUCGCGACGGUCUGUUGUACGUGUGGAUCUCCGACUCGGGCAUGAUUCUGCAGAGCGUUCAAGGACCGCAUAAGUGUUUAUCCGUCACGAACAACAUGAAGUUUGCGGUGUGCACAAAUGGGGACUCGAGUCUACGAAUUUGGUCGCUAACGCGCGAGGACGAGAAGUACACGGUGUCACACUCGGACGAGAUAACGUGCUUCAUCAUUACGGCCGACUCGCUGUAUGUGAUCACCGGAUCGAGGGACAUGUCGCUGAAGGUGUGGCAAGCUACGGGGGGUAAAUUGGCGCAGGUCCUCGUAGGUCAUACGGAUGCAGUGACGUGUGUGGCGGUAUCCGUAACCAAUAAAAGCCAGGUCAUAUCCGGUUCGAAAGAUUCCAAUCUGAUUAUCUGGGAUAUUCACACUGGCGAGGAAAUUCAUACACUGGCCGGCCAUCUUGGGCCGGUGACGUGUGUUAAGGUAUCGGCGGACGGUACGACGGCCGUCUCUGGAAGUGACGACAAAACGCUAAUCGUGUGGGAAACGAAACGAGGCUUAGCAUUAACCUCACUGCAACUGCACGUGCAAUUCACACGCUUCGAUAUCAGUCUCGAGUGUUCGCGGAUCAUUGUACAGCUGGUGGACAGUUCUUGUUUGCCCAUCAUAUGUCUGCACAACUCACCGGCGAGCUACAUUAAGCUUCCCACAUAUUCUGCACCUGCGCGAGACGUGGAAGAUCUUCGACCGGCUGGACCGAAACGUCCUGCCCGGCGUCUGCUCAAGAAGGAAGUAUCGUUGGACACGUAUACCUGGCAGAAGAAGUACGCCCAUCUUACGUCCUCGGUCAUGAUGGCGCAGGUAGACGAACGUCUCAAACGUCGCUUCUCGGUGUCGGCCAGUAUGGAAGAAAUCUCGAAGCUGGCCGAGGCCAAGAAUGUAGAAUCUCAAGCCACUCUUGGUCCGGAGCAGGCGGCCCUGGCACAGUCCCAACACUUUGAUCAGCUGGAAGCCCUGUGGAAUAAACGAUCGCCUCCCAGACGCAGACUCAAUGCGUCCCUAUCGCGUCAAUCAUCGCUGGUGGAGGAUCGAAUCGAUUCUUCCGAUGAAGACGAGUUCCAGGAGGAACGCGCAGGUAUGUCGAAGAAACUGGCCCUCUUUCACGCGUCGCGCCCUCUCUCGCUUUCGGUAGAUGCAUGGAACUGUUCUAGUCUGUACUCCUCAACCUCCUCCACCAACACCCAAUACAACCAACCGAACCAUCAUCAGCAGCACCAAUACCACCAGUACCAUCAGCGCCAUCAGCCCGACCUGUUGCGCGAGGUGCUGCUACUGAAGAAGCAACACUCGGUACCGACCGGGGGCGCCCAUUCGGUCGAUCCGUUCGGCGGCCAGCUCAAGCUAUCCUCCACCGAGACGGAUCUGCAGGCCCUCUUUCGGCAUUGCACUUUCGGCACGCUCAGUUGCCACUCGCGACGCCGCCAGUCUAGCCCGGAAAGUGAGCAGUAUCACGUUCGCGCACGGCGUAAGUCUCGCUCGAUCGAUAAUCUUGCCCACGAGGUGACGGUGUUUAGGCAAGGGUGUCGACGCAAUACCAUGUCACGGUCCUGCCUCAUGCAGUGA